GAAGAAGAAAGAUGAAGAUAAAAGCAUGAAACGCUGUGUUUAGAGGGAGAUAGAGGGCGCAGAAGCGAGAAGGGUGGGGAAAGAGUUCAUAGAAUAUGUCGGCCAUUUUUGGAUUUAUCUUCAAGAUACAUCAACGUGGCGGCCCUGCCCUGACGACAGACUAGCAGCCAAGUGCGAAAAUUAACCCCCUCUAUCUGUUUGUAUAAAUUCCCCCUGAAAUAUUAUACAAUCUUAGGAGAUAUAGCUUUUGAAAUAAUCACAACGGCAUCAGAAAAUCCAGGGGGUCGGAUUUAUAUAUAUUUUCAUAUUUUAGAUAGUUUAGUUUGUUGCCAUGGAAGGCGAUUACUGCUGCUCUUCGUCGUCUUCUUCCUCAACGUCCACGAGCAUGGAGAAGCGCAAGCAUCCCGAUCACCGCCAAGAAAAGCAAUACAGAGGAAUACGGAUGAGGAAGUGGGGGAAGUGGGUGGCGGAGAUUCGAGAACCCAACAAGCGCUCUCGAAUUUGGCUCGGCUCCUACACGACCCCCAUGGCUGCCGCCCGAGCUUACGACACCGCCGUUUUCUGUCUUCGAGGCCCUUCGGCCCGCCUCAACUUCCCGGAACUUGUAUUCCAAGACGACGGCCAGCAGCUCCACGACAUGUCGGCGGCUUCGAUAAGGAAGAAGGCUACGGAGGUCGGGGCUAAGGUCGACGCUGUUCAAACCGCUCUCCGCGCAUCGCCGACGUCGCAGUCCAAAACAACGUUGAGCCGGGGUGGCUCUUUGAAGCCCGACUUAAAUGAGUACCCAGACCCAGAAAACUCCGAUGAAAGUUAAUUGAGAAGGCCGACCGAUCACCAGCUGUUUAUUGUUAUGAGUAGGUAUUUAGGUGUGCAAUAAAGUGAAAAUACAGAGAAGGUAUUAUUGGGUCCGAUCGGGAAAUGGAAUCACAAGAAUUCCGUUUCGAUUGGUAAUUUGAUAUAGUUUCUCAAUUGUAACAACAAACCAACCGAAGGGUAAUCAGUAAUGUUUCUUUUCUUGAAAUUAUAGUCUUUGAAUUUUAUGGCUUUUGCGACGGAAUUGUAGUAUUACGUGGUGUUACUGUUUCACUUGUACACAAAUAAUAUUUACUUUUUGUGUCGAUUAA